AUGGUUGAAGCGGAUCGCCCGGGGAAGCUUUUCAUCGGCGGGCUCAGCCCCGAAACCGACGAGAAAGCCCUCGACGCCGAGUUUGGCAAGUAUGGCCGCAUCAUCGAGGUGCUCUUGAUGAAAGACCGAGAAACCAGCAAGUCCAGGGGCUUCGCGUUCGUCACCUUCGAAAACCCCGCCGACGCCAAGGCCGCCGCCAGAGACAUGAAUGGCAAGUCCCUGGAUGGUAAGGCCAUCAAGGUGGCCCAGGCCACCAAGCCGGCGUUUGAGAGCGGCCGGCGCGGCCCACUGCCGCUGUCCCGCAGCCGCGGCCGCCGGCGGGCCUACCUGGGCCCCUGGGAGGAGGGCUACUCGCCCAGGGACAGCUACUCGAGCCGAAACUACCCGAGCGCCCGCGACCCUCGAGAUUUCGCGCCGUCGCCCCGAGAGUACACCUACCGCGAUUACGGCCACUCCAGUGCCCGGGACGACUGUCCAUCGAGAGGCUACGGCGACCGAGACGGCUACGGCGGUCGCGACCGUGACUACGCGGAUCAUCCGAGCGGAGGCUCCUAUCGAGACCCCUUUGAGAGCUACGGGGACCCGCGCAGCGUCGCUUCCGCGCGGGGUCCCCCGCCAUCUUACGGCAGCGGAGGCCGCUACGACGAGUACCGUGGCUGCUCGCCCGACGCCUACGGCGGCGGCCGCGACAGUUACAGCAGCGGCCGGAGCGACCGCUACUCGAGGGGCCGCGACCGGGUCGACAGAGCCGAUCGCGGGGUCCCCCCGUCCAUGGAAAGGGGGUGCCCCCCACCUCGCGAUUCUUACAGCCGGUCGGGCCGCAGGGUUCCCAGAGGCGGAGGCCGCCUAGGAAGCCGCUCAGAGAGAGGGGGAGGCCGGAGCAGAUACUAA